CGUUUAGCUGGUUCUUUGGCUCUAGCGAGACACCAUAGUUCCAAGCACUGUAUGUUUUCCUUUUUAAUUAGCUGCUAGCUUGUUAAGUGAUUCCAAGUAGCUUCAUAAUCUUUGACUGGAUUUAUUUUUAGCUAGCGAUUAAAGAGUCGUUGGAGGGUAUUCACUCUAUUCCUGCACAUAGAAAGGGUGUAAAUCCACAGACCAGACCAGAGGCUGUCUAGCUAGGUCAGGAUUAGCCGCUCCUCGAGACUGCUGGCUGCUCAGUUCUUGAAAGGGAUCUCUUCUACUACAGACGUUGGGCGGCAUUAGCAAGUUAGCUCGCUACCUAGAAAACGCACUGCACAGAACCGAUAGUUUUUCACAACAUGUCAUAUCGGAGGACAAUUAAAAUAGUGUGUGGGUUCGCUGGCGGAUCAGCGGUGCUGGUUGUUGCGGCUGCCGCAGCGGAAUACCAGGGCUGUUUCGGCCACACGCGAGCCGCUCGGUGGAGCCUGUUCAAUGUUUUGCAAGCUGCACAGCCAGCGGGGAACCGCACUGUUGAAUCUACUGGAAAUGCCUGGGAUUUCAACUGGGAUAAGCGGGACCCGUCCGCACUAUUGACAAAUGGGAAGAAGAAGGAGGUCGUCAGUGAAGACCCAAGCUCAGAGCAGGACAAUGGGAAACCCAAAGCCACACGCAACAUCCUCCUCAUCAGACACUCCCAGUACAACUUGAGUGGCAAUGGAGACCAUGAGAGAAUCCUCACCCCUUUAGGUCGGGAGCAGGCUGAGUUUACUGGCCAGCGGUUGGCUGCCCUUGGGUUAAAGUAUGACAUCAUGGUCCACUCCACUAUGGCCAGGGCCACCGAGACUGCCAACAUCAUCAGCAAAUACCUCCCAGGGGUGGAGCUGGUGAGCUGUGAUUUGCUAAGAGAAGGAGCACCCAUUCAACCUGUGCCUCCUGUCACCCACUGGAAGCCUGACGCUGUGCAGUACCACGAGGACGGGGCCCGGAUCGAGGCUGCCUUCCGCCGCUACAUCCACCGCGCUGACCCCAAGCAGAAGGAGGACAGCUACGAGAUCAUCGUCUGUCAUGCCAAUGUCAUCCGCUAUUUUGUGUGCAGGGCCCUGCAGUUUCCUCCAGAGGGCUGGCUGAGGAUUGGGCUGAACAACGGCAGCAUCACCUGGCUCACCGUGCGCCCCAGCGGCAGGGUGGCACUGAGGACACUGGGAGACUCAGGGUUCAUGCCCCCGGACAAACUCACACGGACCUGACCAUGUUCCACCUACAGUAUUCACUCGUUCUCUUUCUGAGAGGUUCAGAUGUCGGUCGCAGGGUGAACUGAAUGGCUCUUGAUUUCUGCUUAAGUGUCUUGAAAGUUAUUUUUGGUGUUAAUUUUGUAACUUCAAUGUGCAAUGAGAUAUUCUGUGGUGUUUUGUUGUGAUCAACUCCCCUGCCAUCGUUUGCCAACUAGGGGAAAGUGGGGUAAGUUGAGCGAAAGGGUUAGUUGAGCCACCGCUUGUUUCUAGGAAACCAUGCACAAAACUAAUAAUGUGACCAACUAUUUAGGAAGAGGCAAUCAUUUCAUGGAGUCUGGGAAGGAAGAAACCAUAUGGUAAGCAAGUUACAGCCCAAAAACUGAUUUUCACAAAGUUAAAUUAAUUUGUGUUAUAAGUUCCAUGAUAAUUUAGCAGGUGCUUAUAUUUGUCCUAUUUCAUACAUCUACAAAUGUAUAUUAAUACACGUGAUUUAGAAAUGUGUCUUUUUUUUGUACAUCACACCUCCCCCUGAGACACACUCAAAGAGGGGUCACAGCCAGGGUCUGCCAUGAUCAAUGAGGACCGUGGCGCAAUUAGGGUUAAGUGCCUUGCUCAAGGGAACAUCAAGAUAUUUUUUUUUAUGUUGUCGACUCUGGUAUUUGAUUUCAGUCACUGGCCCAACACUCUAACUGCUAGGCCAUCUGAUGCUUGUAUCUAAACCUAUGUAGAUAGUUUAAAGAUUGUUUUGUACAGCAGUUGGGGUCUUUACAAGCUACAAUAUGAGGUCCUAAACUUAGCAUGAAAGUGCAUCCUUGUAACUGUUUGGGCUAAUAUAGUCAAAAUGUUUGCCUUGAGGUAACUUGAGCCAAUACCACCAUGACAAAUUAUGAUUGCAUUUUGACCGUUUUAUACAUAAUAUGCAUAGUAUUUUUGCAAUGUGUCAUGCAUAUGAACUCAAGACAGUGAAUUUGUAUUGAUACAGAGCAGACAUUAUCAUGCCUGUGUAUAGAAUUGUAAAACAAGAAGGGAUCAAGCCACCCCUUGAGGUUCUUAACAGAGCAGUCAAGGAAGUGAGAGAAGGAGCAGCAGCAAGGAAUGAAAACAUACACUGAAGAGGUACAGUAACAAACAUGUAGCUGUGUGAAAGUGAGUCUGUGGCAGAGGAACACAAGGUCUCAUCUGAUGACUUGGAGUCUGAGCUUGAUAAACAAAUCAAGAAUCUCGCGGACCAGUUUCAUGGGCUUAGUAGCCUCAAAUACAGAGAACUUGCCAAUUAAUUGGCAGAUUGAAACGUCCCUGUCCCAGAUAACUGGUCAAGAGAUGGAAGGGUAAGUGAUAUUGAAGAGCGAGAUCUUUAACUGAAAGUAGGCAUACAUUUAAGACAUUCAAUAUACCACAACCUUCCUUCCAUUAAUUCAACUUUGACCUACCAGCACCACCACCCACUUACCCCAAGGCGGCUCAAUUUACCCUGUCCCUAUGCUCAAUUUACCCCAUACCUGGGUUAGGUUGUGCCAAGAGUCCACUUUUUCUGGACAAGCUGUGUUUUCAAAAAUGUUAUGUUUAUUUCCAGGAAUACACAACAUCAUGAAAUAUAUGUAGAUAUCAUUGUUAGAAAGAAUACUAUAUUUCCCUUGACAUAGUGAUGCUGAAUGUAAAAGUUGCUCACAAUACACCACUCUCCCCUACAGAGUGAAAGGGGAGUAUACAGAGUAUGUUGUGCCCUUUCUGUCUUGAUUUUGUAUUAAACUGAAGGGGAUUUAGUUUUGAUUCAGGUUUCUCAAUGAACUGUUGCUGUAACAAUGCCCUUAACUCAGAAAGCUGAUGUGAUGAUGACUGCCAGGGGCCACUCAACACUUAUUAUGAAUGUAAACAGUAUGUGAGUUUCAAAGACAAAGUGAUAGGAUUUUUAAACCAAAAUCAUUUGUCCAAAGUAUGGCAUAUUUGCUGUAGUUCUGGUAAUGCUUCUCAUGCUGUCCUUUUGUAUUUGGAUCAACGCUUCCUCUUAGGUUUAGAUACAGUUGUGUUCAGUAGAAACAUGUAAUAAAGGACACAUGGUCAUGUAAAUGUUUAGUGUUCCUCAG